AGAAAGAGGAGGAAGAGAAGAAAGAGGAGGAGGAGGAGGAGGACGAGGACGAGUUUUCUUUUUCUUUUUUGUAUGUAUUGAGAAAUCAAUGGUUUAACCUCGAUUGAAGGACUGAGAAGUACGGGAAAGAGAACGAGACAGAGAGAGAGAGAGAGAGAGAGAGAGAGAGAGAGAAAGAAAGAGAGAGAGAGAGAGAGAGACAGAGAGACAGAACUCGAUGGAUCCGAUGGUGGUACGCCUACGUAAUGUGCAUUCGUUCGAUCAUAUCCAGUUAAAUUUCUGGUGCAUGUCAUGCGUCGAAAAGAAGAAAAAGAAGGUAGUAAGAAAAAAUAGUAAUAACAAUAAUAAUAAUAACAAUAAUAAUAAUAAUAAUAAUAAUAGUAAUAAGAAGAAUAAUAUUAGCCGUAAUAGUAAUGCUAAUAGAAAUUUGUUAAAGAGGAAGGAGGUGAAAGAAAGAGGACGAAGACGAUAACGAAAGGAAGAUAGAUAUAUACAUAUAUUCGUAGAAAGAAGGAUGUUCUGACACAUACGUACGCACGCAUAUAUACACACACAUACAUACACGCACGUAGAGAUACAUACGCGGGCACACUUACAUUACAUAUAUACAUACACAUCGAUUGUGUCCAGAGUAAAAUCGCGGCGGAGUAAGGGGGGAGGGGAGGAGAGGUUGCACACGACGUCGUCGUUUCACGUUUGGGAUCCUCGAGCUCCUUGUACCGGAUUAUUAUUGGGAUACGGAUUCGAAUAAAGAAAAAAGAAAAAGAAAAAACAGGAAAAAAAAGAAGAAAAAAUAAAAAAAAAAAAGAAAGGAUGAUAAGGAUGACGUUUUUAUUACGACAGAAGAAUCUAAACUCAAAGAGUUUGGAUGAUAAUUUGGAUUGGAUGAUAUUGGUAGAGGGAUAGAAGGAACGUCAGGGAGUGAAAGAGGAAAGAGGAAAGAAGAAACAUAUAUAAAAAUAAAUAAAUAUUACGAGUAGAAAAAAAAAUUACGAGUCGAAGAGAAAAAGAGGAAGAAGAAGAAGAAGAAGAAAAAGAAGAAGAAGGAUAGGAAGAAAAGAAAGAGGAGAAAGAAGAAGAAGAAGAAGAAGAAGAAGAAGUGAAGAUAAUAGAGGUCGAGGAAGAGGAGGAGGAGGAGGAGGAGGAGAGGGGCAUUCGCGGAGGUGCCACGAAGAAUGUAUAGGUGUACGGAUUACCAAAGCAUCGUCAGGAUGUUCAAGAGCAGGAUCUUUCAAGGCGAUCUCAGCCCAGUCCCGAUUCCGGGCAGCUUGCAACAGUCCAGUCAACAAGGUCAGCAAAAUGAGCAAGAGCUGGCGACGAAAAUGUUGCAAAUUCAAAGCAAACGAUUCUACCUUGACGUGAAGCAAAAUAGACGUGGAAGAUUUAUCAAAGUCGCCGAGAUCGGAGCAGACGGAAGAAGAAGCCAAAUUUAUUUAGCACUGAGCACAGCAUUCGAAUUUCGGAACCACCUGUCAACGUUUAGCGACUAUUAUGCAUCCUUAGGUCCACCGAAUCCGGAAAAUGUGCCGGAUGAUGGAAAACUCAAAUCAGAAAUGAUGGUCAAGGAUAACAGGCGGUAUUACCUGGAUCUCAAGGAGAACUCUCGUGGUCGUUUCCUGCGGGUGAGUCACCCUGUGUCACAAACGAUAACACGAGGAGGACCUAGGACGCAGAUCGCGAUACCUGCGCAAGGUAUGAUCGAGUUCCGUGAUGCGUUGACGGAUCUUUUAGAAGAAUUUGGUUCCGACGAUGGAGGUUUUAAAGGUGAUCUACCCGAUGGUCGCUAUAUGCGCGUUGAAGGGAAGAAUUUUUAUUUUGAUAUAGGUCAAAAUAAUCGUGGCAUCUACAUGAGAAUUUCCGAGGUGAAAACAAACUUUCGAACAGCCAUUACCGUUCCGGAAAAGUCUUGGGCGCGUUUCCGUGAUAUAUUUGCGGAUUACUGCGAGAAAAUGCAAGAAGGUGGUGGAGCAGGUGUUGGCGUUGGUGGUAUGAGCGGUGGCAGCGGUGGCAGCGGUGGAAAUGUUCUUUCAGAUGGGAAGGGCUCGGUAGUGGCACAGAUGAGCGAGUCGGUAAAAGUGGCCGUAAGAUGUCGGCCCAUGUGCAGUCGAGAAAAGCAACAGGGGUGCCGGAACGUCGUGACGAUCGACAGCCUGACAAAAUGUUGUACUUUGGAGAAUCCAUCUUCGAAUGGAAAUUUGACUGGCGGGAAGGUGUAUCAAUUCGACGCAGCAUUUGGUUCGGAUUCAAGUACGGAAUUGGUUUACGAGGACGUUGGAUCGGUCAUCGUGGAGGCUGUACUUCAUGGUUACAAUGGUACAGUCUUUGCUUAUGGGCAAACAGGUUGCGGGAAGUCUUAUACUAUGCGAGGUUUCAUCGAACGUACAUUGGAACAUUUGUUCGAGGCAACUUCAACAUCGAGCACGGAGACACGUUAUUUGGCAUUACUUAGCUAUCUCGAGAUUUAUAACGAACGUUUACGGGAUUUAUUGAAGGAAGAUACGGGUGAAUCAUUGUUGAUGCUGAAGGAGGAUUCAACCAAAGGUACUUACGUGGCCGGUGGUUUGCGCGAGGUCACGGUCAAGGACGCUGCGGAAUGCGCACGUUUGAUCGAACAAGGUGAUAAAAAAAGGGCAGCAGCCGCUACGAAGAUGAACGCAGCAAGUUCGAGGAGUCACGCGGUUUUGACUCUUGCACUCGAGGCAAUAGCUAUUAACGAUAACGAGAAGGGUGGUAGUAACGCUAUUAGAAGAGGAAGACUUCAUUUGGUCGAUUUGGCUGGUUCGGAGAGACAAACGAGAACCGGUGCUACUGGGGAUCGUUUGAAGGAAGCCGCUAGUAUUAAUUUGAGCUUAUCCGCUCUUGGUAAUGUCAUUAGCGCGUUGGCUGCUGGCAAUGGUCGACAUGUACCAUAUAGGGAUAGUAAAUUGACUAGGUUACUAAGGGAUAGUCUUGGUGGCAAUGCAAGAACACUUAUGAUAGCAUGCAUCAGUCCUAGUGACAUUGAUGCCGACGAGACAUUGAGUACACUUCGAUACGCCGCAAGGGCACGUUGUAUAAAAAACAAACCGGUUGUCAAUGAGGAUCCUAAAGAUGCUUUGUUAAGACAAUAUCAAUUGGAAUUACAGAGACUUCGUAAAUUAUUGGAAUCAAAUGAUAAGAUGAACGAUUCGAUUGGCUCGACUAAAGAUCUUGAAUUAUAUGAGAACGUUGAUACAACGGAUAGAGAAUAUAACGAGGAAGUUGAAAGAUUGAAAAAGGAAUGUGAGAAUUCGAAUUUGUCCGCUAAAAGAUUACGAGAGGAACUUGAUAUAUUGAAAUCGCGAUACGAGAAUAAUAAUGAUAAAAUUACAUUGCACGAGGGUGAACCUGUUAUCGAUGAAUUGGACAGAGAACGGGAAGAGAAACGAAGGAAGAAGAGAGAAGCAGCGAAACAAGAAGUAUUAAGGAGAUUAGAGAAACUUACGAUUGGUGGAGAGGCACUUGACAAUAACGAGUUAAGGAAACGAAGAGAAAAGAGAAGAAAGAGAUUGCAAGCUCUUGCUGGUGUUUUAGAAGCUAGCAGUCAAGAUGGCGGUGUCUUCCAAGUUUACGGCCAACUAAGAUCUACCGAGGAUGCAUUGAAAAGAAUGGCAAAGAGAGUACGUCAAUUAGAAGCGGAAGCUGCCGAUCUCCAAGCAUCCUGGGACGCGGAACGUCGUGAUCUCUUACGACGUGAAUUACUUACAUCACAAUUGUGCGACGCAAUGAUACCACAUUUGCGACCAGGUUGUCCAUUACGGGACGUAGAAUCUGUAAGGGCAUCGGCAACUUGGUCCGAGGAAUUAAAUCGAUGGAGACUUCCGGAUGCAUCUAGUUACAUAACAUUACCACCAACGUUCAUUCAAUUACGUGAUGGUAAUAUGAUGACGAACACGAUGACGACACCAGGAAUUAUAUCUAAGGCAGAUCUUAACAACAAUAAUAAUAAUAACAACAAUGACGAUAAAACAACAAGGAGGGAGGAUUAUAGAAAAACGAAUUUAAACGUGUCAACGAAUGAGACCGCAGACGAGACAAUUGAUGAUAAAAAUAAAAUGAAGGAUACGACGAAGAAUUUAGACAUUGCUGGAACAUAUUUUCGUAGAAAUAGAAUUGAUACAUUGUUGGCACGUGUCAAAGAGGCUAAAACAUUCGAAAUAGGAAAUCGUUUGAGCAAGUCCGGCGGUUCGGAGGAUACAACGACUCCGUCUAAUAAUAAUUAUCUACAAUUGAACGCAUUGAACUUGCAAACUAGUGCGCCUGUAAUCACCGAAUCAAAUGUUUAUAAACCGAGUCAACAUCCUAUAACAGUUCACGGUCAUUCAACUCGAUACGCAUGGACCAUAGAUGAUAAUCCAACAAAUAGAACUUAUGGUUCGCUCCUAACUAAUAUGAAAAAAAAUCCACCAAGGAUAUUAGAAGCAUUACCAUCUUAUCCACAAGGCAAUGGUCAACUUGUCAAUAAUCCGUUUCGUUUUAACGAAAGGAUACCUUCUAGAUUCGAUCAAAAUGACGAUCAACGACAACAUCAACAACAACAUGAACAAGAUGAAGAUGAUGAAGUAGAUGAUGAAGAGGAGGAGGAGGAGGGGGAGGAGGAGGAAAAAGGAAAACGCCGUGAACGUCGUUUACUUAAUCUCGAUCGAAAUUUUCAUUCCUCUAAGGCGAGCUAACGAUAUUGAUUAAUUAACGAAUUUAUUAAUUAACGAUUAAUAUUAUUAAUGAAAUACAUACUCGUUAUUUUUAACAUUAUCGUUUUUGAACGUUCAUAUUAUAUCUUAAAUCAUUACAAGCGUUGAACAAUAAUUAUAUCACGUUUAUAUUUAAUUUAUCCUUUUAAAUAAUUCUAUAAACAGAUAUAUAUAUAUAUAUCUCAUAAUAUGAAGAGAAAAAAAAAAAAGAAAUACAAAAAAUAAAAAAAAAAAAAAACAGAAAAGAAAAGAAAAAGGAAGAAAGUGUAUAUAGGCUCACGAAGAGAGAUUAAACGAUCAGUAUUAUAUUAUUUUAAUUUAAGAAAAUAUCCUUU